AUGAAGCUCUUUGGUUGUCUCGUGUUUCUAAUUGUAUGUGUUUUAGGGUUUGCUAGCUCAAGCCAAGCUCAGCUUGAGCUUGGCUACUAUGCAAAGAGCUGCCCUCGCGCCGAGAAAAUCGUCCACGAUUUCGUCUACAAGAACAUUCCCAAAGUUCCUUCCUUGGCCGCUGCUUUACUUAGAAUGCAUUUCCAUGACUGCUUUGUUCGGGGUUGUGAUGCAUCUGUACUUUUGAAUUCAACUACCAGCAACCAAAGUGAGAAAGUGUCUCCACCAAAUCUAUCAUUGAGAGGCUUCGACUUUAUUGAUAAAAUUAAGAAACUUGUGGAAGCUGAGUGUCCUGGAGUUGUCUCAUGCGCUGACAUUCUUUCUUUAGUUGCAAGAGAUUCCGUCGUUGUCAUCGGGGGUCCAUUCUGGAGGGUUCCGACCGGAAGAAGAGAUGGUUUGAUCUCAGUAUCGUCGGAGGCUUUGGUGAACAUUCCUCCACCAUUUGCCAACUUAUCAACUCUACAACAACAGUUCGCUAAUAAGGGUCUUGAUCUCAAAGACCUUGUUUUGCUUUCAGGAGCUCACACAAUUGGAGUAUCCCACUGCUCGUCAUUCACACGGCGGCUGUACAACUUCACCGGAGUGGGAGAUCAAGACCCGUCACUCGACACCCACUACGCCGCAAAUCUGAAGGCAAAAAAAUGCAAAAGCAUUAGCGCCAACGGCUUAGUGGAAAUGGACCCUGGCAGUUUCAGAACCUUCGAUCUCAGCUACUACUCACUUCUUCUGAAGCGCCGAGGGCUGUUCCAGUCCGAUGCCGCUCUGACCACCAGCUCGGCCACCAAGGCCUUUGUUACCGAUCUGCUCAAUGGCUCUGUUCAGAACUUCUUCGCCCAGUUUGGGUUAGCCAUGGAGAAAAUGGGUCGGAUCGGGGUCAAGACUGGGUCCGAGGGUGAGAUUCGCAGCCACUGCGCCUUUGUAAAUGCCUAG